GUCAAUAUCUUGAAAUCGUAUGUGUUGUAUAAGAACGUAUUCGUAUUCACAAACAUAUAAUACCAAUGUGUAAUCAUUAAUAUAUAUAUUAAUAUUAUGAGACAGUACAAGUCAUUAGCAGCUCAUAAUGUUGCUUGUAAUGAAAUAUUUUUCAAAUAUCAAGAUUGUAAAUACGAGCAUCCGUAUCGUAAAUUCCUUGGUUACUGCAACGACAUCGAGAAACAAAUGUCUUUGUGCAUAAAAGGGCAAGUACUCACAGCUGGGCUACAACUUUUUAUAAUGUCCUCAACCCAGAAAUUUGAGGUUUUAUUUAUUUUGGGUGGUCCGGGUGCUGGUAAAGGUACCUUGUGUUAUCAUAUCGCAAAAAAAUAUGGUUAUGUACAUUUGUCAGCUGGUGAUUUGUUAAGAGAGCAACGUACAAAGCCAGACUCAGAAUAUGGUGAACUUAUCGAAAAUCAUAUUAGGGCUGGGUCGAUCGUACCCGUUGCGAUCACUUGUACUCUUUUAGAACGUGGAAUGCAAUCAUCCGAUAGUCCUCAUAAAAGAUAUCUGAUCGACGGUUUCCCGCGAAAUCAGGAUAACGUUGAUGGAUGGUACAAGGCAAUGUCUGAUAAAUGCAUCGUGAAAGGGGUAUUAUUUUGCGAAUGUAAUGAGGAAGUAUGCACAGAACGAUGCUUGAAACGUGGGGCUGGUGGAAGUGGACGAACCGACGAUAACAAGGAAGUUUUAGUGAAAAGACACGAAACUUAUAUAAAAAAUACAUUGCCUAUAAUCGAUCAUUUUGAGAAACAGAACAUGGUUUAUAGACUAAACGGUAUGCUUUCACCCAAAGAAGUUUUUAAAAAUGCUGAAGAAAUUUUAUCUAAGAUUGGUUGGUGAUGUAACUAGUGAAAUUAUUAACUCAAAUGGUCUAAAGGAGAUCAGAGAUUUAUUCCAUUUAUACCUAAUUACAUUUUAUUACAAAAUACAUAUAUAUUUUGCGAAACAAAUUUUCUUUAUAGAUGUAAAAUAAAUGCUUUUUAUUGUAUUUAAUAACAUUUAUACAAAUAUUGUAUAGAUUUAGUCCGAAGGUACAUAAUCUUAAUUUACUUAGUAUGGAUAGCAUAUUGUUUAUUGUAUAUUAUCACAACCGAUUGAUGUGAAAGUUACAUAGAAAAAUACAGAAUUAUUUGAUUAUGUGUCCAAUUGUCUAAUGAUUAGGGGUGUGCGGGAUUCCCGACAAUGUACGGGAUAUAGAAUAAUAUCUGGAAUUCUCGGAACACAAUUGUGCGAUUGACUAUCCGUUCAGAAAUAUCUACCGAUAUUAAAAUUCUGCAUUGUCAGAAUUAUCGAAAUUUGCAAUUACUUUCUACAAUAUUACUAACAUAAACAUUCCCGAUUAAUAAGAUAUGUAAUCUUCGAGAACACAAUGGCUUUCGGAUUCUGGUAAUUGUUGGGAGUAUGGAGAAACUUAAAAUGUCGGGAAUUACAGAUGUUUUCGGGAUUUUGAAAUUCGAGGGAAUCACGGAUGUUUUUGGGAUUUCGAAAUUCUCAGGAUUCCAUCCCGAUCUCGAGAAAAAUUCCCGUCCCGAUCGGGAUCUCGCACACCCCUACUAAUGAUUUC